AUUUAAAAUUUUGUUUAUAGAAUUUUUCAAUUCCUGUAUUAAUACUUAUUAUUUUAGCCAAUAAUCCAAACGGUUUUUAAUAAAAAUGAUGAUAACAAUCCAUGGUCUGCCAACAAACACCAAAUAUCAAGAUCUUAGAGUAAUAAUUAAACAAGAAUGUAAAAUAACGGACUUUAUUUUGGAUAAUUUGCUACCUGAAGGAAAUGGUUUGCAGAAAGUUCGUGUUGGUUUAGCAAAUGAUAAUGAGGGUAACCAGGUCAUGAAAUAUUUGAAUGGUUACUGCUUUUCAGGGCAUAUUUUGCGAGUGACGACUGUUGGUAAAUCAGGGGUAAGUGAGAUUAAAAGCCAGCAACUCAAUAAUUUUCCCACUGACCAGACAAGAGUGAAUUCCUGGAACAAUGAAUUAACAUGGAAUAUGCAACAACAGCAACUUAAUCAACAUAUUUACCACCCAAUAAAUAGUUAUCCUGUAACAAGCCAGUAUGAUCAAAGAACAUCAGUUUAUAAUAGAAUUGGCCCACCUUCUCAAGAUUUUUUAAUUGCACAGAAUAAUGCUCCUCAACAAAUAGUGGCUGUUAAUCAGCCUGUAAUGAACCGGUAUGAUCAGAGAACAUCAAUUUAUGAUAGAGUUGGCCCACCUUGUCAAGACUUUUCGAUUGCACAGAAAAGUGCUCCUCCACAAAUGGUGGCUCCGACAAUGACUUCCGAACAAGAUCAAGUGCAGUGGUCUGAAAAUAUUGGGACUUAUCAAAAUAAUAUUCCUUUUUACCAACAACAGUCCUUCAAAAGUCGGAAGGCCUUUGCACUUGAUGCUUGCGCAUCUGGAAAUCAAGGUAGAAGAGGAGACAUUCAACAUCAGAACAUUUCUUACCCGGAAAAGAUAACUCAAGCUGUAUCUUUUGAAAAGGACGAGUAUAAUUGUAACCCACACUUGAAAACUUCUUAUAGUAGUAACCAAGAUGGCCGCGUAAACCGUGAUGCUAGUGGAAAUAGAGAUGAUUAUCGUAAUCGAGGAGGACAUAGUAAUGGUAAAAGAAGUCGCAAUGAACAGCAUCAUGCCCUAGUAGAUCGUGAUCGUAGGGUAAAUCCUGAUCGCUCUGGUAAUGCAAAUCGUGAUCGCCACGAAAAUCGUGUUUGCGAUGCGAAUCGUGAUCGCGACGGAAAUCGUGAUCACGACGGAAAUCGUGAUCGCGAUAGAAAUCGUGAUCGCAAUGCAAAUCGGGAUCGCGAUAGAAAUCGUGAUCGCGACGUAAAUCGUGAUCGCGACGUAAAUCGUGAUCGCGACGGAAAUCGGGAUCGGGACAGAAAUCGUGAUCGCGACGGAAAUUAUGGUCGCGACGGAAAUUGGGUUCGGGACAGAAAUCGUGAUCGUGACGGAAAUUAUGAUCGAGAUGGAAAUCGUCAUCGCGACGGAUAUCGUGAUCGUUGUGAAAAUCGUGAUCGCGAUGCAAAUCGUGAACAUCAUGAUCAUAAUACAAUUCGUAAUAAAAAUCGGGAUCAAGAUACACGUCCCACUUUUAGUUGCCACGAUUCAGCUCGUAAUCGCAACUAUGUUAAAGCAGAUACCGAAAACUUACGUGAAUCUCGAUGGGAUACUCACGUACGCAAUCAACGAGAGUGGGAGUCUAGUAACAAAAUCGUGCCUGAUCAAUUAAUAGUUUCGGUAAAAAAUGAACAAUUUAUAAAUUCCUCGUCAAUGAAAGAGGAAUUUAAAAACAAUCAACAGAUCUUCAAACGCUCAAACUCAAGUAACAACUUGAAUGCAUCUUUGCAGCGUGCAUCAGGUACUUUUGGUCAUAUACGCAACAGUCAAAUGAAUAACCAAGAUAGAAAGACUAACCAGCCACGUAAAUCCUACCAAAAUAACACUUUGAAACGGAAACAAGAUCAUAAAGAGGAAAAUCUUAUAGCACGAUCAUCAACGGAAGUGCCUUAUAAAAAAUUUAAACCGAAUUCAACAGUUUCUACAAAAAUGACCGCUGCAUCAGAUUUGCCUAAGAAACUUAACAGACAUACCACUUGGGUACAACAAGUGUCGUCAAGCGUGGCAAAGCAAGUAUUGGAGUCUGCAGGGAAAUCUCCCAAAGACCAUCGCGUCAUUUUGAUUGAACUGAAAAAAUGUAUCCAGAAUCGUAUUAAUAUGGUAUAUGGCAAUAAGUUGGCGAAUACAAUGGAUGAGAUAAUAACUGAAUACAACAAAAAUUUCAAGCCUGAUCAAAAUCAUGAGCUUUAUGAAGCCAUUCGAGAGAUAUCAGAGAGUAAAACACAAUUCGAAAAUCCAUCAUUCGACAGUGUGAAGUCUGACGCUGCGACUAUGGUAGCUCCUCAUGCCCAGACUCCAAACAUGUCUCCAAAGGUACCCGAAACUGUGUCUACCUGCCAGAGUUUUGUGCCAACUAAGACCCCGUAUAGCAGCAAACCAGUGACACAAAAUAAGAAAACGCCGUCAGCAGACGUGAACCUACUGUCAAAAACACCGAUACGGAUCGUAGCUGAUAUUAAACUACCGAAGUACCCUUUUCAUGAUAAGAGCUUUUUUAAACAACAAAAGCAGGCCGAGAAACUUGGUGUGAUGUUGGAUUUGUCUGACCCAUAUAAAUCAAUAGUCAAGGAACAUACGAACGAGAUAGAGAAUAUGGCAACUGAAUGUUGUAAGGAAGUUGACAAAGAACUAGGUGCUUCUAACAGUCAAUUUUGGCAGGGUGCUGUAACCGAAAUUAAAAAGCUCUUAAGGAUGCACUUGACCAACCGUAUACUUAACGUUAGAAGGAAUCUAGGAGUGCGUAUAUUCUUCAAGCCGACAAAACCGAAACGCGAACCUUUACAGGCUUUCUUGAAGAAGUAUGACGUUAUUAGUAUGAAGAAUCCGGAACGCAAGAAAAUGCUUGUUGUUCAAUGUGGUACUUACAAAGGAUUCGACAAUUUAUGCAGAAAAAAAGAGACAAAAAUUGGUGACAUAAGACUCACUUUUAAACCCUUACACUUGGCUGGAUAUCCGAAGAAAUCUCCGUUAAAGAAUGGUGAAAUGAUCGUCGAUCAAUCCGAAUUAGAGUCUGAUGAUGAUAAUGAAAAACUCAAUAAAGAUAUAGCUGAGUAUCAACAGGAUAUCUUAAAUGACACCGACGUUGUUAUGCUAGACAUUGACGAGGAAAUUAUCGAUGUAGAUAAAAUCCAAUCUACGGAUAUUAAAACGUGCAGCCAAAACUCAGGUCAUAAUAAGAUAAUCGAAACCAUCGAAGAUAAAAGAGAGGAAAAUAAUUCCAACUUGGUUGAAGCUGUUAAUAUAGAAAAGUAUGGAAAUGAUAAAGAAAAGAGUGAACAAUUGGAAACCAUGGAAAAUGGAACCAAUAAUUGUGAUCAAAGUAAGGAUGAUACUAAUACAGAAUUUGAAAAGGAUGACGUAAUAAUUAAUUAUCAAAAUGUUAGUACAGGAGUCGUAAUUAGGGAUGGGGAAACAAAACAAGAUAAAUAUACUCUUACUGAUACAAUUGUUGAAAACAUUGAAGAAACACAAGAUUCACCACCCUUAAUAGAGGAUGUGGAUAAUGAAGAAGUUAGGGACACUGAAGAUGGUAUAGUUGAUGACAUAGAUGAAGAUGAUUUGGAAGAUUUUUAAAUUAUAUUCCAAAGUGCAACGACUUUGUGAAAAUAAAACAUUCUUUGUAUACAUAAGUAAUAUACGUGUCUAUGAGUAUCAAGUAAGAUUGUAAAGUUUUUAUGUUUUUCUAUUGUUAGCCUAUUUAAGCUAAUAAAGAGUUAUAGUGUAACAUAAAA